ACAAACGGCAGAUUCCAUAUUGUCCAACUAUUCGAUUAUUGGAAUUGGAAUAUUAAACAAAUAAAUCAAUAAAUAUUUAUAAAAUAUAUUUUUUUUUUUCGUUGAUCUUCAUAAAUAUUACGCUUUAAAUUGCUAUCAAUUCCUUAUAAUCAAAAAGAUCUUUCAAUAUUAUCAUCGAAUACGCGAUACGAAAAAAAACGAAAGCAAAAUAUGAGUGUGGAACCACCAAUUCGCUCGCAAACUUGGGACGAAGGCAAAAAACAGAUAAAUUCUUUCGAGGAAAGAGUCAACGAAUUCCUCGGGGAAAAGGGGGAAAAACUGCAAAACGUGGAAAGUCCGCGCAUGGAUACGAAGCAAUUCUUAGCGACAAUGAAAGAACAGGUGAAAGAUCAACCGAACCCAUAUGAGAAGAUAGCGAAAGAUCUGGUACAGUCCGCUAAAUCUGGCGAGGUCGAUUUUAGGCCGGCGGAUCCAUCGCUAGCGAAUAUAAAAGAAGCAUCGGUGACUUACGAUACGGGGCAGAGGAAUUCAGGAAAAGGUAACGGGAUAAAGAGCAAAGAAUUGGACGGAAAGGUGGGUAAUUGGUACACGCCCGGUUUUCAAGUGCCUUCCUACAAGCCGGAUAACCAGAAAAGUUUUCCCGAAAAUGUCGAUUACACGAGUCCCUCUUACUACAGCUCUCUCGGUUCGGCUCCAACCACUGAGGGCGGAGACCAUGACCAAAAUAAUAAUGAUAAUGAUCAUUUUCAAGAUUCGAACAAAGUUGUUAAGUCCAGUUACCCCGGAGAGCAAGGAAUAGAGUCGGAACGAAGUUAUACCUUACCCGUUAGAACUGUCAAACCGCUCUCCAGUGACAAGAAUAUUAAGGAUUCCAGCAUCAGGGAAGCUACCUUGUAUUCCUCUAGGCAAAAUAAUCCUCAGGGUGUUAGCCGCGAAGGUUAUAACGUUUCCGCUCAAGCCGCUUAUCAUGGGCGCCCGCCCUAUGACAAAAAUUAUUCUAAUAAUAACUACAACCACGAUACGAAUAAAAUGAUGCGAAACUAUUCCAAUGGACGCGGAAACAACCGGAAGCAAAUGAUCAUAGGAAGCAUACCUAAUAAACUGGAGACUAUGGACGUCGUAACGCGUCCAGAUUCGUCCGUUGCCCAUUACCUUAGCCAAGAGGAAGGACAGGGGGUUGUAAAAGCAACGCGGGAAACGAUAACGUUCACCAACGAGGAAGACAAAAGUCCCCAGUAUUCCUUAAUGAAGGCUACUAUUAAAGGAGGGAGCGAUCUCGCGGACUCUCAAAAACCAAAAUUCUACACGGCCACUAUCACAUAUUAUCAUCAUCAAACAGAAAAUCUUCCAGAUAACCAGCAGAAGCUAACCUCAUCUUCACCCAAUUCUCAAUAUUCCAAUAAUAUACCAGCUAUCGAAGGACAACAAGUUCGUACAGGUUUUAUGAGUCAACAGCAAGAUCCAUUUCCGGUAGAUUCCUCUAGGAAAGGAAUACGAGUCAUCUCACCCGAAACAAUAGACUCGUCGGCUUAUUACAACGCGCCGGUCGAUGCUAAGGUAGGUGUCGGGGGUCAAUUGAAUCCAUUGGGGAAAGAUGAAACACAUUUCUACGGAUCCUCCGUUGAUAGUGGAUACGGAAGAUGGGGCAAUUUGAGCCCACCCUUAUCUCCCGGGACGGCUUUCGAUGACGCCCAACAUCAUUACUAUUCGGACGGUAAACGUAUUAUACACGACCAAAGGGGACCCCUAACCGGUCAAAUCGUACAAGAUUCACGCCAAUUUUCGCGGGAUCCGCGUCAAUUCUCCCAAGAUUCGCGGGAUCCGAGACAAUUCAACCAAGAUUCGCGCCAAUUUUCACAAGAAACCCGCCAAUAUAAUCCAGUUCCCGUCGUAGGGUCUCAAGUUGGAUCUGGCCCGAGGGACUAUUCUCCUUCGCAACAAGGAUACGAAACUCGCGGUGGUCGAGUAAGCGGACAGCCAUCUAAUGUAAGAUUGGACCCACGCGAUUCUGUGCAUUUGAUAGUGGACAACAACUUAGAUACUUCGCUAAACAUUGUUCCGGGCACUCCUCUAAGAACGUCAACCCCGAUAAUAGGCUACGAUUCUAGAUCCAAUAUACCGACUGGCGGAAGAGGCUACGAAAGAGCACAUCCCGAGAGACCUCCGCCGCCUCAACAAUACCUAUUAGACUCUGAUUUAGAUCGGAAAAAUUAUCAGGAAAGUUCGUGGAGGGCAAACGCUCCCGCAGGAGCUGUUACCGCUUUGGGAGCUGGGAUUCCGGCAGCGAUAGGAUUGAAUAGAUUACGAGAUAGCAAUCGAAAUGAUUAUUCUGGUCAACCCCGCGAUUUCAGCCAAGAGAGGGGAACAACAUAUGAUGUUAGACCUGGCUAUGCUUUAACCGGGCCUGAUGUCGGAUUUAGCGGUACGGUUCCGGAUAAAGAUGUCCACUUCCAAGACAAUGCAGGUAUUUUUAAGGAAGGGAGCGGGAAAGCAGCAACGCUCAGGAGAAAAUCAUCUUUUAAGGACAAGAUUCAGGAGUCGGUUAAAGAUGUCAAAGACAAAAUUAAAAGCAUAGUCGGAAAGGACAAAGAUCAUUAUUCCCACAAUGCGGGCACAGUAAUUGAAGAUCCUAACAUUAAAUACCCACCGCCCCCAUUGGGCAGAACGGAUUCAUACGAGAAAUUUAGGGACGAAGAGUUAGCCCAUGUCAAGUUUGAUAGUAAAGGCCUCCCUUUAACCACUGGUGUAAUCAGAGGUAAUGCAGACGAUAACAGGCUUUUUUCGGAAUGGGGCGUCGAUAACAAAGUGCAAGCUCCAAACAAACUCUACACUGAUGUAUCACGUCAGCAUGAAUCACAUGAUUACGGAACACAUAAUGUCCACAAGAAAGAAUCUUUAAAGGAUAAAAUAUCCGAAUCGGUCGAAGAUUUUAAGCAUAAGAUUACGGCACCUUUCCAUCAUCACGAAGGACAUAAUAUCGAUGAGCCCUUGGCAUCACGCUCUAGUUAUGCCAUUCCAGGGGCAGCAUUAGUUGGAUCCGUAGUAGGAGGCACUGGGGCUGCAAUUGGAUCAACCUUUCACCACGGAAGAGAUGAUUCGAACUUUAAUCCUGACCUAACCAACAAAGGAAACUUCCCCAUAGACAGAGGUCCGGGAGAUGUUUCACUAAGCAGAAAUUUGGAUAGACCUGGAUAUACAAGCUCCCUGGAUGAUAGAAAUAGAUUUACUAAUGAUGCAGCUCUAGGAAACGCCGAUAACAAACUAUAUUCUGAAUGGGACCGUGGUUAUACUAAUCAAGAGUUUAGGCCAAAUCAAACUCCUUAUGAUAGAGAAAUUAAUCAAUCUAACUACAAGAAUUAUGUGCCUGGCGGGGUAGCAACCGGGGCAGCAACCGGGGCAGCUGUUCGACAAGGUGAAACUACUAAAGGCUCAGACCAACAUCGAGAGAGCAUGAAGGACAAGGUUGCGGAUGCCUAUCACGAUUUUAAGGAAAUGAUAACUUCCCCCUUUGAAAAGAAAGACAAAGAUGGAAAAUACGGUGAUUUACGGCAUCCAGUUCAAUCAAACGUUGCCGGAGUCAAUAACGAUAAUAAAUUAUACUCCGAAUGGGAUAAGGGUUAUCCGGAACAACGGAAUGUUUCAUACGAAGGACCCGAACAGUCGAAUUAUCGCCCAGGCUCGGAAUAUGACGCUCGUCAUCCUGAUUAUGACACACGUGGUUUUGAUAAUAAUCUAAAAGGUCAGCAACCUUAUACUAGCAAUUUUGACGGGCCAGAUUCUCAUCAUGGUUAUAAGAUAGCUGGAGCUGGAUUAGCAGGUUCAAUAUUGGGUACUGGACUAGCCGCUGGGUCUAACUAUCAUUCCGAUUCUCCUAGAUAUAAUCCAACCGUUGUAGAUACGACACAUCCUCAUGCAUUACGAAGUGAAUCGAUAACGGAUAAAAUUGGGGAAGGAUUAAAGAGCGCUAAGGACAAAAUAAUAGCGCCAUUUAAAGGCCACCAUACUGAUAGUAAUUAUCAUCCUCAAGGUGACGAUGUCAAAACCAUAGAUGGACCUGGUUACCCUGAUUUAAGGAAUAAGGUGAAAGACAGAGACGGAUAUUAUAUUGAUCCGUAUUCCGGCGUUACCCAAGAAGGAGACGCCAGAAGGUAUGAAGGUGAUUACAUACCAAAUCAAGAUGAAAGGACUCAUUCUCACCUAAAACCCGUUACUUUGGGGCACAAACUGAUAAGGAAAGAUUCUUACGAAAAAUUUAGAGAGGAACACGGCAGGGACCAUCCUGAUUAUCAUAGAAAACAAUCGUUGAAAGACAAAAUCAGCGACUCACUAACCGAUAUGAAACAUAAAAUCGCUGCUCCAUUCAAGGGCGACGAUCAAAUUGGCAAAGAAACCAUUAAGGUCCACGACGAUAAGGUGGCAGGAGGCGAUAUAUCAGAAAGAUACCCAUACACUGCCCCACACCACGAUAUGCCCAGUGCGGGUAUGACUGGGGCUCUUUUAGGUGGUACCGGAGCUGCCAUUGGUUCAUCUUGGUAUGCCAAUAGGGAUAGAGAAGGGGAUAUCUCAAGAGCAGCUGAUGUCGAAACAUCUAAAUUACACCAAGCCCGCGAAGCUUCUAUAACGGAUAAGAUAGGGGAAGGUUUGAAGGAUGUUAAAGAUAAAAUAGUUGCCCCGUUCAAGAGUCAUCAUGAUACCGGACAUGAUAUUAGUCACUCGGGGGGAUAUAAAGAUUACCCUCAGUCUCAUGAUCCUUCCUUUAAAGAUAAAAUAUCUGGAACUUUUAACGACCUCAAGGACAAGGUUUCGACUACAUUCGACAAAGAUAAAAAUAUCGACAAAGUUGGAGGAAGCCGCGUUUAUCCCGAGGAUAAUAUCACGGAUGUUAAAGUCAUUAAGCGUUCUCCGUCGCUCAAGGAAAAGUUUAACGAAGCUUUUGACAAUAUCGAAAAUAAGAUAACCGCCCCAUUCCAUCGCGAUCAUCCUAGUCACACUAAUGACCUUAAGCAAUUGUCUGGCAAUAAAGUGUAUCCUGAAGGACGAGGAGAAAUUCGUUACGGGGAAAAUGGCGAACCGAUUUCACAGCACCAUAAAUCUUUUUUCGAGGAUAUGAAAGAUAAAAUUGCCGCUCCAUUUUCUCAUGACAGUAACGUUGUCCAUAAUGAAUAUCAUUCUGAUAAUACCAGGUUAGGAGGGCUAACCGGUCCUGAGUACAGGAAUACAUCGACUGGCCCAAGCUCAAGGUUGGAUAAAGAUUAUAACUUGGGUGGUGCGGCAUUUUAUGGUACUCCCAUACCUACCCAAUCGUUGAGCUCAAAUUUUCCAUCGCGCCUCGCUGAUAACCAAACCUCAGCUCAAUCUUUUAUAAAAGAUGAUUAUAACUCUUCACGUUAUAUUACUACCCCUAUAGGAAUAGCCAGAGACAGAUCUCCUUAUGGUACUAAUGUGGAACCUUUAUCCGACCAUUACCCGGAAAGGAUGGGAACUUCCCCGCAAUUUCACCACGAUAAAUACGAUACCUACGGAGAUUUUCCAUUGAUCACUGCCGCUAAAGAAGACUUAACUAGAGUUACCGACGACAUGUCCUCUAGGCCUUUCGAAUCUAGAUAUCCUGAAACAGACGCUUCAAGGCGGGAUAUUGCAAUAGGUCCUGGUAACCAGCAAGAAGUCAGGAGUGGAGUAGGCUGGGCAGCUGCACCGUUAGCUGUUCCUAUAGGUGCCGCAAUUUAUUCUGGCGUUAGGAAAGGAGAUCGUGACGAAAAUAGAAGUAAGUUCCAAGACUCCUCGUUCAGGGAUUCGUCAUAUGGCAAAACAAUGGAUGAGGGCAGAAGAGGAAUUGCGGACAAAGGCCCUCACGCGGAUUAUUAUUUAAAUCAAGCUGGUAAGGAUAAGGACCGUGUAAGUGAUAUCCGGUAUACAACCGGUCCAGGUACGAAUAAAUCUCUCAACGUUUACGAAACGAAUAGACAGGACGAUCGAAUAGGAUAUCCAGAUAGUUCCGUCAAUAAAAGGUACGACGCCAAUAGACAAGUCUCCUCGCAAGAUUAUGGUGGAAAGGACGACGAGAGAAGGCCAAUUACCAAUAAAUAUAUUGACGAAGAUUAUUACAGACUCAAUCAAGGCGGAAGCAGGGAACCCGCCCAACCAUCAUCCGGGUUUAGUGAUGGACGACCGACCGGUCAGUCGGUCAAUGUUUAUAGCGGCCCUGAUUCAUCUUCCGAUAGAUUAGCACUGAUAGACCGAGGUCGUACCACCCAACCCUCGAGCCAAUAUUCUAUCCGGGAUUAUAACAUUUCUAAUUACAACAGGAGUGUCUCUCCGCCUUUCAAUUAUGGCAAAAGUGGUAAUGCGGGUAGUUUCAGAAGCAAGUCAUACGAACCCCGGGCCAGCUUCCCCCAUUUCAUAGUAGUGGACAAGAGAGGCCAAAAUUUGCCCCACGAUGAUAUGUACGGGACCGAUUUUUACAAGGAAGUUUUGGCGGGAAAAUAUAACGAUCCGGAUUCGGCGUUUCCAAAUCUCAAAUAUUUGCCCGAAAAUAGUCAAGGCAGAUCAGGAUGGUCUGGGUCCCUGCCUAGAACUUCCUCGUUGGGUUCCUACUUUGGAGGUGAUAGCGUAGGAAGGGGUCAGAGCGGUACUACUUACAAAAUGGCUUCUAGUCGCCCCGGAGAAGGUUACAAUCAGUCUACUCAGGGUUAUAACGAUACAGGUUAUAACCGGGGUGGUCCAGGGAUUGAUCAGAUCGGGUACAAUGACAGGGAUUAUUAUAACGACUUUUCCGGAGUUACCCCUUCUUCCAAUAUUCAACCUGGCAAGCCGUUUGGCGCAAAUGGUCAAACUAAAAAGCAUGCCGGCGAUUCCUUUAACCUCAAAAAUUGGUUAGGUGAAACUUUCUUAUCCUCCGACAAAAAAAAAGCUGCUCCCACCAACGCUUACGAAGGACAGCAACAGUUUGAUUCUAACAACAGAUCUGCCUAUCCUUCAGGCGGAAACUAUGGCUAUGCUCCUCAUCCGACUGACCCCCAGUGGAGGGGAAAUGAAGGUUACUAUUACAAAGGUGGAGCACCUCCAGUCCCAGCUCCUCCAGUCUCAGCUGACUUUAACGCUCAGAAUAGUUAUUCCACUCAAUUUGAAUCGAAUCAGUAUGGGCACCCAGGGGCCACAUUUGUGGCACCUGAGGCAAGAAUCAGAGAUGAUAAUUUUAGCAAAAAUCUUUUAACCGAAACCACGAUACCUGAAUCAGUUAGUGAAAAAAUUACAACUAUUGAAAAAAAAUACCACGACAGUAAAAACGAAUAUAAUAAAAGUGCUCUUAUACCUGUUUUAAGUCCAAAAGAUGAGCAAGUUGUGCCAUACGCAUCCCCUCUAUCAACUGUGAACCAGGCACCGAAGAAUGACCUAACCAACAAAAGGGAAACAGAACUAGAGACGCAACCUGACAUAGCAAAGACGACGACCGAACUCCCCAAAGGCGUUGAGAUUAAGAAGAAAUCCUCUCUCCUCGGCAAAAAGCCAAAAAAAUUGUUGAAUCGUUUGAAGGAAUCCUUUAGCUUAGAACGCGAAGACAAAAAGAACAAAAAUGAAGAGGAAAAAAUUACCAAAGAUGAUUCGUCUAAACUAAACAAGAAUGAAAAGCCCUUAGCAACUUUCAAGACAUCAACUUCGACGAAAACAGAUAUAUCUAAUGGAUUAAUAAGUAGAGACAAUGCAAUAUCCCUUGGUUCCACUUCGCCAUCUUUAGGAAGAGAGGAAUCCAAUAAUCAAACUGACUCUUACCACCUUGACUCUAGUUUAAAGCAUGAUAACUUUAGAGCAUCUCCCAUAUCAGAGACUAUCCGAAAAAAGAAAGAUGACGACCAAGAUGAUUAUGAUGCAUCAAAAACUUCAUUUGCUUCGACACAGUAUAAUCAAAAGUAUGUUCCAAUUUUGUCCGAUCAAUCACGUCCCUUGAUGUUCACUUCAUCCACAGGUAAGUAUACACCUGCAAAAUAUUCAGACCUCUCACAAAGUAAAGGACAAGUUCCAAUGUCUGUCGAUGGACGAUACUCCUACUUGGACCCCAAUAGGAAACCUUACGAUGACUUCAGAGACAAAGUUCUAACUGACUCCAUUUUCGCUGAAGAUGCUGUUGAUAUCAUUGCUGAAAAUCCAGAUAAACGAUUCAAGGUGGUAUUAGGGCCAGAAAUAGCCGAGAAAAUGGUAGAUUACAAAUAUCUUGGUUCACCUUACAAGGAUGAUCAACCUAAUUUAUCAUUCAUUAAAGGUGUUGGAAAAUCUAUUCAGACUGCUGAAAAUUCUACAGGUUUUUCUCAAAAAUCGUCGAAACCACCUACUACUAACCACGUUAAGUGGCCGGCACCAAGUGCCCCUAAAGACGGUAAAUUUUCUUACGUUGAUCAAAAAAAUAAUCGUUACGCAGAUAACCGGACGCCCGAUCUCCGAGAUUCUAAAUUUAGGGAGGAGGUUUUACUUAGUAAAAAGGUUUCAAAAACAAUUCGAUAAGGAAUUACGACAGAUAGAAAAUAUCAUCCUUAAAAAUAAAAUUAAAAUUAUUUUAACACUGUUGGCUUUCUUUUUAUUUCUAUCAUUCUGUUUCAUGUCUCAAAAUUUAAUCUUUUAGCACCCAAUUAAACACUAAUUUAUAUUA